AUACAUUAUGAACUCUCACGAUGAUGAGCUUGGUGACAAAGUGGUUAGAGCUCAAGUACACGUAUGGAAGAACAUUCUGGGCUUUAUAAACUCAAUGUCCCUUAAAUGCGUAGUUGACUUAGGCAUACCAGAUGUCAUACAUAACUAUGGCCAACCCAUGCCACUUUCAAACCUCAUUGCUUCGCUACCAAUCCAUCCAUCGAAAACCUUAUUCAUCCAUCGCUUGAUGCGAAUCAUGGUUCAUUCUGGCUUUUUCUCUCAACAAAAUGUCACCCAGAAUGAGUUAGAAGUGAAGUAUGUGCUAACUGAUGCAUCCGUACUACUUCUUAAAAACCAUCCCUUGAGUCUGAUACCCUUCAUGCAGGUCUCCCUUGAUCCAUUUAUGACAAAGCCAUGGCAUCAGCUUUCUGAUUGGUUCAAAAGUGGUGAUCUUACACCCUUUGAAACUGCACACGGGAUGUCGUUUUGGGAUUAUGCUGGCCGUGACAGGAAAGUUAAUCACUUAUUCAAUGAUGCCAUGGAGAAUGACGCUCGAUUGAUCUCUAGUUUGAUGAUUGAGAAGUGCAAGGGAACGUUCACAGGAUUGGAGUCAUUGGUUGAUGUUGGAGGAGGCACAGGGACCAUGGCAAAGGCCAUUGCGAAAUCAUUCCCAAAGAUGCAAUGCAUUGUAUUAGAUCUCCCACAUGUUGUUGCUGGCUUGCGAGGUACUGAAAACCUAAAAUACGUUGGAGGGGACAUGUUUGAUGCUAUUCCUCCAGCUGAUGCCAUUCUGUUGAAGCAGUGGAUAAUGCAUGACUGGAGUGAUGAGGAAUGCAUGAAGAUACUGAAGAAGUGCAAGGAAGCAAUCAGAAAGGAAGGCAAGAAAGGGAAGGUGAUAAUCAUAGAGACGGUGAUGGAUGAUGAAAAGAAAGAUUAUGAUGAUGAAUUUGUAGAAACCCAACUCUUGUUUGAUAUUUUAAUGAUGGUGUUCGUCGCUGGAAAAGAGAGAAACAAGAAGGAAUGGGAGAAAUUGAUUUCCUCUGCUGGUUUCAGUGAGUGUAAGAUAACUCCAGUCUUGGGAUUAAGAUAUCUCAUUGAGAUCUAUCCAUAGUAAUUCCUUGUCAAAUGUUAUCAGUUUGAAAGUGCUGUAAUCAGUCAGCGUUUUCACUGAAAGUUUAAUGUGUAACAGUAACAAUUCAGUUGGAAAGAGAGAAGGAUAAAAUAAUCUUAAAUAA